AUGCCCGAGGUGGCACUACCGCUCCGCGCUUCCAAGGCUGUGUUCCGGCCGGGAGCGCUCAGCACCCUGGGCGUCCCGCGUCUCUCUCCGGACACCCUGACCCUAGGUUGUGCCCUCCCCACCGCGCAGGAUUUAACUGGCGAUCCAGCCAGCACGGGCCCCUGUGUUCAAGUCGACCACCCGGCCAACACUCCGCUUCUGCCUGCUCAGGAUGGGGAAUCACCGCAGCAGAGAGUGACAGGGACGCUGGUCCUCGCUGUGUUCUCUGCCGUGCUUGGCUCUCUACAGUUUGGCUACAACAUUGGGGUCAUCAACGCCCCACAGAAGGUGAUUGAACAGAGCUACAAUGCGACAUGGCUGGGGAGGCAGGGGCCCGAAGGGCCGAGCUCCAUCCCACCGGGCACCCUCACCACCCUCUGGGCUCUCUCCGUGGCCAUCUUUUCUGUGGGCGGCAUGAUCUCUUCCUUCCUCCUUGGCAUCAUCUCCCAGUGGCUGGGAAGGAAGCGGGCCAUGGUGGCCAACAACAUCCUGGCACUGCUGGGGGGCGCCCUUAUGGGGUUGGCCAACGCCGCCGCCUCUUAUGAGAUGCUCAUUCUUGGACGCUUCCUCAUCGGGGCCUACUCAGGGUUGACGUCAGGCCUGGUGCCUAUGUAUGUAGGGGAGAUCGCCCCCACUCACUUGCGGGGUGCUUUGGGAACACUCAACCAACUGGCCAUUGUCAUUGGCAUUCUGAUCGCCCAGGUGCUGGGCUUGGAGUCCAUGCUGGGCACUGCCACCCUGUGGCCUCUGCUUCUGGGCCUCACGGUGCUCCCCACCGUCCUGCAGCUGGUCCUGCUGCCCUUCUGCCCAGAGAGCCCACGCUACCUCUACAUCAUCAGGAACCUGGAGGGUCCUGCCCGCAAGAGUCUGAAGCGCCUGACUGGCUGGGCCGACGUGUCUGGGGUAUUGGCAGAGCUGAAGGAGGAGAAGCGGAAGCUGGAGCGCGAGCGGCCGCUGUCCCUGCUCCAGCUCCUGGGUAGCCGGACCCACCGGCAGCCGCUCAUCAUUGCAGUUGUGCUGCAGCUCAGCCAGCAGCUCUCAGGCAUCAAUGCUGUCUUCUAUUACUCAACCAGCAUCUUUGAGACGGCAGGAGUAGGGCAGCCAGCAUAUGCCACCAUAGGAGCUGGUGUGGUCAACACCAUCUUCACCCUGGUUUCGGUAUUCUUGGUGGAGCGGGCUGGCCGCCGGACACUCCACCUCCUGGGCCUGGCGGGCAUGUGUGGCUGUGCCAUCAUGAUGACAGUGGCCCUGCUUCUGUUGGAGCGGGCUCCCACCAUGAGCUACGUCUCCAUCGUUGCCAUCUUUGGCUUUGUGGCCUUCUUUGAGAUUGGCCCUGGCCCCAUCCCCUGGUUCAUCGUGGCCGAGCUCUUCAGCCAGGGCCCCCGGCCGGCAGCCAUGGCUGUGGCUGGCUUCUCCAACUGGACCUGCAAUUUCAUCAUCGGCAUGGGCUUCCAGUAUGUUGCGGAGGCUCUGGGUCCCUACGUCUUCCUUCUGUUCGCGGCCCUUCUGCUUGGCUUCUUCAUCUUCACCUUCUUAAAAGUGCCCGAGACCAGAGGCCGGACGUUCGACCAGAUUUCUGCUGCCUUCCACCGGACACCCUCUCUUUUAGAGCAGGAGGUGAAACCCAGCACGGAAUUGGAGUACUUGGGGCCCGAUGAGAAUGACUGAGGGGUUAGCCUGAAGGGAGAGCCAGAACCUUCUCCCCGCCCACCCCCACAGCCCCGCCUUUUCUCUGCAGCACUUUAACCCUCUUCCCUGGUACUUCCAGGAUGGAGAAAACCCCUGCAGCCUGGUGGGACUGGGAAGCUGGAGGGGAGGGUGGUCUAAGGCACCCUCUUAUUCGUGUGACUCCUGGAUGAAUUAUGUGUGGUGGUUAGGCUGUGGCCACCGGAGUGGGCCAUUCCCGCCCCCCUCCCAUCCCCCCCACCCCCCAUAGCCUAAGCCCUUUUUCCCCACCCGCCCCAGCCUCAGCUCCAGAAUACCUUUCUCCUGGCUAGAGAAGGGGGUGUGGGGGUGUGGUAAGGAGGGUAGGCUCUAGGACUGUUUCUCAGUGGGGGGGCUGAAGCAGAGGGCAGGAUGGGAGAAGUUUCCAGUUUCCGCCUGCUUUUGGACUCCUCCCGUGAUGUGGCACGCUCUCUGGAUUCUGGCCACCAGGACUCUGAGGGCAGGGGGUUGUGUGCCCCACCCCUCCAGGGCAGAGGGCAUGUCCUCUACCCUCUGCUCGCUCGGUCUUGCCUCCAGCUCUCACUAGAGGCUCGGACCUCUACGCCGGCCCUCCAGAGAGGGCACACAUGCCAGUGUUUGACAAGAGGAUGGGACAGCAGGCUCCAGCCUCUAGCCUUAGCGCUCUGGGCCUACUACUCGAUUGGAUUGCUCCCCACGGCGACCCAGCGAGAGCCCGGCUUGUUCCUCUUCUCCAGCCUGCAAGGGUCUUGUGCCCACAGGCUUUUGACCAACUAGGAAGAAGAGGUCGGGCCAGCGGCCUGGAGACCCUGGGCUGGGGGAACCUUAGGACACUUUUGUAUGUCCUUGAACAAGAGGUGGCAGGGAGAAGAAACCAAAGAUCUGUUGUACUGAAUAUGUAUAUAGCUAUAUCUAGUGUCACCCUCUGCAGACGAGCUUCCUGCUAUGCAGAUAGUUGAGGAGGGUGGGCUGACACAAGGACCAUUACUGCCGCCCCCAACCUCCUUCCUCUCUCUUGGUCCUGCUGCCUUAUUUCAAGGCCCAAGAAGGUUCUGGAUGCUGGCCCUCCUGGCCCCGUUAGGUUGCUACUCAUUGUUUUUAUUCCCAUUGCGGAUGAAGCGGAAUAAAGGAUAGCCGCAGAUGCCAGGCCUGUCAUGGCGCUGUCAAA